AGUGCGACCGUUGAAGCGAUUGGCUCCGCGUGCGUUCUGAUCGCGGCGCAUUCCAAUGUGAGCGAGAUGUAACCGCUGGACUUUAUGUCUCCAACACGUCCCCGGCUGAGACUUAACCGGAUAAAAUGUCCAACCUGAAGGAGGCAAACUCUUGUCCCGACGGCUACAGGGCUCUGAACACGAGUGAGCUGCGGGAGCUUCUACAAAACGACGACAAAAUGGACCAAAUCAUUCGACUCAAUGAGAAGUUUCAGGAGCUUCAAGUGGACAGGGAGAUGCUGCUGACCACCAACCGGAGCUUGGCCGAGGAGAGCCUUGCCCAGCGACCCCGCCUUAAUAACGGCAAACUCCAGCUGGCGGAGAAAUACCGGGAACUGUCCAACCUGGCAACCACAUGCUGGGAAAAACAGAAUCAGCUUGGGCCCCACGUCCAGAAACACAACCUGCAGACGGCGCAGAACCUCCUGCAGGAAGAGGUGGCGCGCGCCGAGGAGCUGUCAGAGGAGCUGCUGGAGAAGUUCAUGGAGGGGAACGUGAGCCUGGAUGCGUUCCUGGACUCCUUCCAGAGCUCCAGGAAGACGUACCACGUCCGCCGGGCUCAAGCGGAGAAAAUGCAGGAGAUCGCUCAAGCCAAGAAGCAGCCGGGCAAAACCAAGCGAGCGGAGGAGGAGGAGGAGAAGAGCAAAGUCUCCGAGGUGAAGAAGGGCUCGGAGCAACCUCAGGAGCCUCAGCGGCCCAACGGCUUCGUGGCGCAGGGGCCUCUCAGGGUGUUCCAAGUCCGCUACGGCCUCACGCCGGCCAUCCUCCUCCCCCAUUACCCCGUGUCCCCCCCUGCUUCAGCUCCGAGCCAUCAAAGUAGCAACCCUCUCCCCGAACCCCACCUAGGACAGACCCACAUCCUCAGCCCCGGCGCCCCGCUCCCGGGACACGGCCAGCCGGUCGGCCUCAGGGUCAUCGGACAGCUAUCGGGCGGCUGGCCGGCCAACGGGCGGCCGGUCCGAGUGCAGCAGCUUUACAGGCCGAACCCCCAACAGCCCGAACCGCCGUACCGAUAAACCGGAGGGGGGGAGGAGGAGGAGGAGGAUGAAAAGCCGACUUGAGAGGUCUUCCGUGGUCAGACGUGGAACCAAACGGUGGCUGUCACACAAUCAUGUACGCAAAGACUGAUGCAGAGACAGGCGGCGCUGCGGACGUCCAUUUCUGUUCUCCAUCCAUGAUACACAAAAUGUAACCGUCGAGGGGAAGACGAGCAGAGGUAGAGGCGGCGGAGGCAGGCAGGUCCAGGGAUGGGUUGAGAUGGUCGGUUUCGCUUUGACUCUGGCGAAUGAGUCCCUCGUACGUCCUCGAAUUCCUUUUUUAUCAGUGUAGAAACGGAAAACGUCCUCUUACUUUUGUUUUUCGGUGAGGUCGCUCCAUAAAAGGCCUCUCCUCGUUUUAAACUUCCCGUUUCAGCCGCAUGUUCAAAGCGAGGUGCGUUCAAGAGAUUCAGGAAGGAGGCUUGGUUACGAGCAGGUUUCAUUCACGAAAACAUUACAAAAGAACUGGAAUGCACCUAUCAGCCAAAACAUUAAAACCAGUGAGGUGAAUAACGUUGAGGAUUUUGUUAUGAUAUAAUGUUCUUCUGGGAAACCUGGCCAUAGAGUUACUUUGACACAUACCGCAACCCGAAUAUUGUUGGUCCGAUAAGGGACAAGUAAACACUUGGCCAUCCACGUGUAGUCUUUCUGGAGUCUGUCAAAGUCAAACUUGCCAAAUGACCAAGUGCACAAGACCUGGGAACCAAGAGCUGCAGUUUCUGAGAUGCUCUGACCCAUUUGUCCCUCGUCAAAAUUAGUUUCUUACUUCUAAUACCGUCAAAAUGUUCGCUUGGUGCCAUGAAGACGUGAUUGUCAUUAUGUUUUGGCUGUUUACUGCAUUUAUGUUGUUUGUCUAAGUUAUUGUCACAUGAUAUGAGGAUCCUCUUUAAACUUAUUCAGAUUCAGGUCAAAUAAGUGAUUCAAUUCAUACCUCACUGAAGGUUUGUGCCACAAAUUCUCAAAAAGUUUGUGCAACUUAAGGCAAAACGUGUUUAGUGUUUUUGAACAAUCCCUCUUCCAAGUAUUUAGAGCGAGUAGCUGGUGAAGUCCAGCAGCUCUCAGCUGUUAAUUGAAUGCGUCCGUUACAUUUUAAUUAACAUUUCCAAAGUUACCCUGCUGCCGUCAUGUUUAUUAAUAAGGCGGCCAGCGUUAAUACCGAGCGGGUUGAGGAGAUAUAAACCGAUUCAGUGCUUGAUUUCAAUAAACCACCAUCGACGCCCAUCCCUGGUUAGUUUAAUUAUUUUAUUAGUAUUCUUUUAUAUUUUACACAGCUGGAUGUGAAGCACAGGGUUGUGAAGCACAUCUACGGCGCGUUGGGGAGGAAGAAAGAAGGAUCUCAUUGUUCAUUCGAUACAACCGAGGACUGAUGGAGGCUUUAUGAGACACCGGGAGUCAUCAGAGUGAACGAUGACGUCAAUAAAACGGUGUUUGAUAUAAACUAACGUUAUAAAAUAAAAGCAGUGACAUUCGUUCUUGGACUCGUUCAGGAAAUCGUGAACGCUGAUAUUCCAUCACUGCCGAAACAAAGACACUGUAGAGGCUGAGCAGGUGUAUUUAUUAUAAUUCCCAGACCAAUAACCUGUCAAUAUCAUUUGCAGCGUCAUGUGACUCGCAGACGAACGCCCGAAGCCUUCAGCCUUUUUCUCGUGCGAAUUCAUUAGCGGCGUUUGCAGCUCGCGUCGGUGAGCUGGUUUAUUUAUUCAUGUAAAUCCUAUUUUAAAUGGCUGACUUCAAAGCUUCUUGUUUACUGUGCUAAAUGAAGAGCUGCUUCUCCUUUCAAAGCAGACGGUGUUUUUAUUUCCCCCCCCCCCCCCUCGAUCUGAGCUGCAGAGUGCGGGGAAUUUAAUCUCUAUGAGAAUGCCAGGGCUCUCCGAGCCCACGAUCCAACAGGAAGAGGAGGAGGAGGUGGAGGAGGAGGAGGAGGUUUCCUUCUCGUUUUCUCCUUUUUACUCAUUAUCUGUCCUGCAGCAUUUUAAAGGGAAAAGCUUUGGAUUGUGGCCAUAAUGGUUCUGCUGUCGAACAUACGUUUCUCUCAUUAAUAACUCAUAAGUGCAUGCUUACUAUAGCCUGACCAAGUACAUGAAAAUGCCUUUUACAGGCCGGUGCCCAGUUCCAUUCAAAAAAAAGGGAGAAAAAAAAGCAUUUUUAUAGUUUUAGCCAUCGUUUCUGUCAAAUAACAUUCAGAAAGUUGACUGCUGAGAUCUGUGAAUGCAUUUACGCUCUCCUGCCAGUUCAUUAGGUACACGAGGGAAAACAAGUACAUUCUAAUGUAACAGUCCUGCACUGAAUCUAAUCCUUGUGAAGAUAUUCAGCGUUUGUGUAAAAUAACCCAGAAAGCUGCUGAUUCAGCUGUGUUUUCAUUUUGGAGGCUGAUGUUUGUUGUAUUGUUGAAUUAUAUUGUCUUGUACUGACACAUGUUCCGAUUAUUUUUGGGCAACAGAAACUCUUUGUUGUUUAGUUCAGACCAGUUGAACGACACCACGAACUACAUCCUCCAGAAAUGAUUGUACAGUUUAAAUACGCCCUUUCUGACUCUGUUAGACGUAGGGCCAUCAAAAUAAAUGUGUUGAUAAUGUGUUAACACUCCUAUUUUGUGCAAUGAGCACGUAGUUUGGACAUCAGGAAGCACUCGAGUAGCAGUGACCCUAUGGAAAACGAUCAGAAUCUGGAGUGCAAUUGUAGUAAAUAUGCAAGAAUACGGCCAGAAAUCCCCAAAUUAUCUGCAUUUACUGAGACGUGGACUGAACAGGGAACUUUAUGAGCAGCUGAUUUGUUGUUAACGGGAAUAAAGGCAAGAAAAAUAUGCGUAUUGACAUGCAUGACUUAUUAGAAGAAAUUUCUUGGUUAAAAUACUAGAGACACGAGGGUGUCUUUGCUGAAAGGUUUGUGUUUUCAUCCCUGUAAGUAAAACAGCAAAUCACCUGGAAUCUAAAUGAAGCAGCAAAUUCUGAGCCCUCAUCAGAAACUCAUAAAAUUUAUACUUUCAUGAAUUAUCGGUCAUUCUGUUGGAUACGUCCACUAUUGUCUAGUGAAAAAAAUGAAUAAAUCUGGCAAUAAAAAAAAAGGAGGGGGGCAAGAAGUGCGAGCAACCAGGAGGGUUUUAAACUAGUGCAUGACAUGAUUUCUUUUUGCUGCCGGCUGAUUUGCAUAUUCACGGAUCUUAUUUUGGUGCAGUGUUGUUAUGAUAUUAAAAAAGAAAAACAGGCGAAAGAUGGCUAAAACAUGAAUAAUGAUAAGACCUGACCUUCCUUUUAAAGUCUGAUUUCAGAUAUAUUUCACAAAGAAAAUGUAAAAAUACAUCUGAGAUUCAUUUUUUAACAUUUUUUUUUUAUUAACAGAAGUUAUCAGUGUUUCAACUCCUGCAAUGUUUGACGUUUUAAAGGAAAUAUGAUCAGUGGCUUACACCACAUUGUGUUUAGUGCUAGCAGCGAUUCAUAUUUGGCAUAUUUAAGCAUAUUUCCUGAAAAGCUUGGACUCUGGGAACUCUCUCUCUCUAUUAUUUCUUUUUUUUUUAAUGUAACUGGGCACCGGCUCCAACCAGACAUGUAGUUCUGUGUCCACUCAGGGUCUUGGAGAAGAUGAAUUAGUGCUUCUUCUCACCGCGUAGCACAGAUGGACCCGGGAUGACUCAGAGUUCGUAGCCAUGGACUCAUGUCGUGCCCCUUCAGAGGACACUGUAACCAUCAAUCACAACCGAAUCGCCUCCAAACCAUAAAAUGAUGUUUUUAUUUUUCAUCAGCGUUUUAUUCGCGCCCGAUGAUUCGUGUAAAAAAAAUUGGGAUUUCCCCUCACAACGACGUAAAGUGCUCGUGAUUUCGUUUAUGUCGUGCGUCUCUUAACUAGGGCUCAUCCCAUCUGUCUCCACACAGGGGAGGGCAAAGACACGAAAAAAAAAAAAAGAAAAAAGAAAAGAGCAGUGAUUAAGCAGAUAAGUGAAUGUCGUUUUAGACUUUAAAUUUAAUGUGCAGCUAAAUGCCCUCAAACCUUUUUUCGGCCGAUUUUCGCGCUGCUGCGUCCUCGACGAGGAAGAAGAAGCCGCUGCUGCAGGCUUUUCCUGCCGGAUAAUUAUGCACAAUGUCAAAUCCGAUCAGCGCUGCCGAGAGUGGAGAUGAGCUAAUAAUAUCCGAGUUGACUCGUGCGCGUCCCCACAUCAGCUCAUGCUACUCUACAGUACGUGCGACCGGACGCACGUGGCUGUCAGAAGCCCUCAGAGUACGUCGACAUCUCGACCAGAUUAAAUAACAGCAUGCCUCUACUGUUGAAUGCGGUGUGGUUUCUUUUUCUGUCAUUUUGGGACAUCUUUUCAAAAAAAAAAUAAAACGACUGUUUACUAAACUGCUGGUGCUCAGUUGAUGAAUAAGACUCUUUUUUUUGUGAGUACAGUGACGAGCAGCGGAGCUCGUACUUUCCAACCCAAAACCACAGAGAUUUGUUGUAUUUUCCAGCAUCUUUUGCCGAAAGGCAAAGAAAAUCUGGAGAUGCAGCAAUUUGUUUAAACGUGGAAAUGUUUCUGAUACAGUCCAGUUACUCACUCUGUCAGCAGCAUCCGAACUUAAGCUCAAACUGUUAAUAAUGAAGUCGAGUGCUCCCAAUCAACACAAUACAUUAGUAUGUUACAAAUGCACAGAAGUCAAGUGUACCUCAGCUGCUUAAGAAGAUGAAGAAGAAGCGACAACUGAAUCCAAAGAUAAAUGGCUCCCAAUAUGUGGGAGUAAGGGCCCCUCAAGGCGUGGCAGGAUUCAUUUAAGGGGUCAUCAGUUGUAAAAAGAAAAGUUUUAAAAUGUACAUGUACCUACUUGGCCUCUCUCUUGGGGAAAAAAAUAAAAAAUAAUAACAGA